CAUGAGGAUACAGGAACUCUGCUCAUGUAUAAGCCUCUCAUCUUAAAACAGCAACUGAUAGAGAUCAUGUGCUUAUUGCUCGGCGCAACAGGAGUAGGAAAAACACUUUUACUGAAGCGACUUCAGAAGAUGUGUCAGGUCGACUCUGCAGAUUUGGGUGAAGCGCCCGUUACGCUGCCAACGGUCGGCACCAACCUCACAGACCUCACAUUUCGGAGGAAGAGGAUAACUGUGCGAGAGUUGGGAGGCUGUAUGGGGCCCAUUUGGCCCAAAUACUACUUGGAUUGCACAUCUGUUAUUUUUAUGGUGGAUUGUGCAAACAUCUCCCAGAUUUCCUCCUCGUGCAUUCAGAUGCUGUCUGUACUCUCAGCUGAGCCACUUCAAGCUGCUGCUGUACUUGUACUUUUCAACAAAAGGGAUCUGCCAUGCACCAUGUCUCUUGUGGAGUUGAAAUCGUUGUUCAGAAUGGAUGACAUCAUUAGAUCUGCGCCUCAAGCUAUCACAGCAUUAGAGAUCAGUGCACGUUCUGGCCAGGGUCUACAGGAUGUGCUCAACUGGCUCUUUUCAAACCGGUCAGACACAUGAUGAACGUGGAUGUUGAAGACUUCUGGCCAAUGUUAUAUCACAGAACAUGGGAUACACUGACAAAUGUGAUGUGAAGAUCUAAUGGAGAUUUCCAAUCAGCCGGAUGCUCUGUAGACUCCCACUUGUGUUGUGCAAACACACAUUCUUUAGAGCAACAGUUUUGAAAUGUUGACGGUGAUGUGGUUGAUUUUUCUAAAAAAAUAUGUUUAGUCACAUACAGGGAGGGUCUCUAUGACUUAAAAGUGAUACUUCACCAAAAAAUGUAAUUAUAUAAUCUGUUAAUCAAAUUACUUUAAGAAUAUUAUUUUCAAGAUUUGUGAAGCCAUACAAUAUUUAAGUCUGCUUGACUGCCUCCAUUAGUAGUACAGUAUGUUUUGAUUGUAUGAAAUUUAAGCAGCUCAGAUAUUCUUCAAAAUAUCUUAUAUAAGGUAUUAUAAGAUAUUAUGCAUCUUAUUAUAACAUAAAUUAAUAUAAUAUUCAGAUUAUUAACAUAAUUUGAAGAAACUCUUAAUAAAAAAAAUAUAUUUUCCUAUCCUGAUAUACAGUCCAACAGCACUGGUAUGCAUUUAUUUUUUUUUAUCACUCAGCCUCUCUGUGUUCAUUGCUUUUCAAAUAAAAUAAUUUU